CACUCGGAGGGCAGACUGCAGCAGUGACUAACUAACUACUGGAAAAUAAACACACAGGCUGUGAACAAAUUCAUCAGGAACAAAAUCCCUGCUGCAGACAUCAGGCUUACCACAAUGGAGCAGGAUUCCUGCCUGCGUCGAUGUUACAGCCUGGAUGCUGGGUCAGUGUGUGACAGGGAGGUGUUGACCCUGAACCAACAUGCGACCUUUGACCCUGAGGGCUCUGACCCCACAGCAAACCUGGACCCUUCCCCAGCUGAACUGGCUCAGUGUGAGGCAGAAGUCGGCACUCUGCUCAGCAUCAUUGCAGAACUGAACAAGAAGAUGGGGUCAUUAAAGGCACCAAGUGAGCCAGGAGACCUGAGACCACCAGGACCCUCGAGGCCUCUGGUUCCAGACCUCCUGUCCCACAGGCUGUCCAGAGGAUUCCCAGAGAGGAACAUCACCUCUGCUUCCACAUCCAAACCUCCACGGACCAACCGAGGAGGCGGCGGUGUAGUGUGGACUAAACUGGAGGAGGUUUUAACGUCAUUGGAGGACUCCAUCAGCUUUAAGAGGUCCUGGGCGGCCCCCAUCACCACUGCUGACCAGAACAAGCAAAGGGAGCAUCUGAGAGCCGCCCAGGAGAGCUGGGCUAGGUCCACACAGAUGUUGGAGGAGAUGGAACUAGAGUUUGGGAUCUCAUGCCCACCAGGCCUGCCAAAGGACCAGUAUCAGGAGGACAUCCUGGAUCUGGAGAAGAGUCAGGAGGAGCUGGAGAGGGCUCACAGCACCAUCAGCCAGGUGGAGGAGGAGAAGAACAAGCUGGUUGGUCUCCGGAAGGCCUGGAGGUCAGGCUGCGGCUCUCCUCCCUAUCGGCCCCCAGCAGGAACUCUCAGUCCAGACUGGGCAUCUCCUCCCUUCCCUGGUUCACCGUUACUCCACAGACGGACAUCCAGAGCUGGGAUGCCUCUGCCUGGGGGUGGGGAGGGUUCUCCAGGGGGCUCUGUGAACUCAUGCAGUCCUUGUCCAAGCCCUGUAAGCCAGGAGUCUGAGACAGAGCGACUGAACAGGUGCAUUGAGAGGCUGAGGGCCAGAAAUGAGCGACUGAGUGCAGCUCUGGAGCGAAGGAAGGGAGAAUCGGAGCAGAUCAGUAUGAAACUAAACAGACUGGAGGCGGACUGCUCUGCCCUGCAGAUGGCUCUCAGAUACUGUGAGGAGUGUGAGGAGGCCUACAGCGAGCUCCUGUCACUUUAUGACGCCAAGAAGCAGCAAAGCAUUCCUCCACAGACAGACCCAGCAGAGGCGGUCAGAGACAGGCAGCAGCCCGACACUGAGGAGUUGUCCACCUCUUUCUCAACAGCAGGAGUCCCAGAGGAAACAGAAACACAGAGAACUACAGGGCAGAGGACCCCUGAUUUGGGGGUGCGAGAGACUGUUCUCCGUCAGCAAAUCGAGCGCCUAAAAAGGGAUCGGGCUUCCAUUUGUCUACCUAAGCCAAGCCCAGGAGUCGAGAGCAAAAUGAGCCAUGAACCUGGUCAACCAGCUGGACCGAGAGGAGGACAAGUGGCUAAAGAUAUUGUCAAAACUCCUGAUACCAAGAAAGAGAAAGCUUCCAUCUUCUAUGAACUCAUCUCUGUCAGGGAGGAGAUGUCAGAUCUACGCGCUCUAAUCCGCCUGAAGGAGAAAGAGUUACGGUGUCUGGAGUGGGGUUUAAUGGCCCAGAAGGCCCAGGAAGCAGCUGGAGCUUUCGUCCCAGAGAGCCUCAGAGAGGAGGCGGUGGAGGAUCGUAAGACCGAGCAACAGAGGCUCUGUGAAAAUACAGCUCACCUAGGAAGUGAUAUGGAAAUCGCUGAUCCUCGAACCAGACCCAUUCUGAAAGAGCUGCAGGCCGUCUUGCAAAGAGAACAAGCCCUGAAGAAGAGACUGGCUUUAGUCCAAGACUCUCUAAACUCCGCUCUGUCAGACAGCACGUCGCACAGGAGAGACAACGGAGAGCAGACUGCUCGGCUUACACAAGCUCACAGCAAAGCGUUGAGUUCGUACCGGCAGAUUCGCAGGAAGUACCGGGAGCAGGUGUGGAGGCUGGAGCAGAAAGUGGCGGCCAUGACGGAGAGUCACCACCAUCAGAGUGGAGCGGCGACAGCAGCUGGGGAGGCCCCUGAGUGGAGAAGGGAAGAAACUGUUUUAUGAUUCCUCAGUGUAUAAUGGACAGCCCUGCUAAAUUCAAGCUAAUUAUAUGUAUUUUUAUAAUUGUUAAAGUAUAUUCCAUUUGAUACAGAUAUAUAUAUGGUAUGUAGGGCAGCAGAACAUGGAGCACAUGGUCAGUUCUGCCGUUUCAACCCUUACGAGAGUCACCAAUAAAUUGCAUCGGAAUCCAAAGCUUAACUCGUCUAACAAGACUCACACAUCACAAGACACAUUCCUUAUUUCAGAGAAACAGCUGUCAUGCAGUCAUGAAUGUGUGAGGCUGAUUCAAGGACUGAACCCUCUGAGGGCCUCGGGACUGACCUCGAGAGCGCACAUGUCCUCUUUCCCGUACAAGCCGACUGUACAAAGCAACUCUCGACUGGCCGUGCUGUCACAAAGCUCAGAGAAGGGGGAUGGGGGCCAGGACAAUGGCUGAUGUGCACACAAAAUGUACGGCCAGCCCAUUUGUCUUCUUAGCACUUAGUUCUCGCCAUCUUGCUCUUUCUGCCUUUCACUAUUUCCACUUCUCUCAAACAAAUUACACUCAAAGCUUAUUUUCAUACUUAUUUAUAGAAGCUCUUCUGGUCCAUAAAUAUAAUCUAGAAUUCAAAAUGUGCUUUAAUUGUAGUGCUUGAGUAGUACUUAAAAAAAGAAAAAGGAAAGUAAUGCAAAAAGCCUUUUAAAAGUGUCUGAACAAAGCUUGAUGGUGCCAUAACGUCAUUCCCUGUUAGAAUUAGCCGCUAGGCUGGUUAUUAAGCCUGCCUUAAUGCGUUGCAAAUAAGUGAUGUUCAAACAAGUGUGUUCCCACCUUAUUGUCGCAUCAACUUUAAGAGCACUAAUAUACUUGAUCACUUUUUGGCCCAUAUUUUGUUGUAAAUGUCAAUGUUAUUGUUUCAA